UAGACGUCACCCCUAUAGGGGAAUUGAGCGUCACUGCAGAAUUGUACAUUCAUCGAGAUCGCUGUAUUUUUCGGACCUUUUUGUUAGCGUUCGAGAUUUCGUGGACGACUCUAUCGACGGUGUUGAACUUUGAGUAGAUUCGUUUCAUCGAAAUCCUUCGUUCGAUUUUGGAAGUCGGCGUAUUAUUAAUCAGCGCGUUGAUCAGUCCGCCUUUCAAGCACUAAUAAUCAGACAUUUUCGGCACAUGAAUGUGCAAAACUGAGUAGAUUUCAAGCUGUGUAAACUCCAUUGGAAUCGCAUGAGAACAAACGAGUGCUCAACAAAAUCGGCAGUCUUGUAUUUUUUUGCGGAGCUCUCUGUUGAAAUUUAAAUUGAUGCGCCACUUGGAGCUUGAGGAAAUUCAUUAACAGAUGACCUAACACUAGAAAAAACUCGCUUAAGGUGCACGGGAAGAGCUGGAGGAUAAUCAUGGCCAAGUUUUUGGACAAAGAUCCUUUCAGUUACGAACGGGAGAAAAGGGAAUUUCUCCAUGCACUUCGACAGUAUCAUGCUACAAAAGGGGUACAGCCGGCUAUGUUCCGGAUGCCCAAAGUGUCUGGCAGAGACUUGGAUUUGUACCUGCUCUAUUCCAAAGUUGUUUCGCUCGGAGGAGUUGUGAAGGUAACCAAUGAACAUAAAUGGGAUAUCGUUAGCGAGGUAUUAGGGUUUCCUCCUGGCUGCAGUCAGAUUGGCUAUGUCAUUAGACAACACUAUCUUAGAUACCUUGAGGCUUAUGAGAAAGUCCAUUUCAAAGGAGAAGAUGAUGAUGAAAGGAGAGGGACAGUAAUCAGACCGCAUACCCCUAUCAGCUUUGCUUACAGGAGAGAAAUAUCAGACAAAAUCAGACAGACACAUGGCUUCGCCAAGGAGAAAUGUCGGACGUCGGAGUACGACCGAAUACUCCAUUCUCUCCAGUCUGGUCUCCCCAAUGAAGUGGACUUCGCCAUCAACAUCUGCACGCUGCUCUCCAACGAAGGCAAGCACGUCAUCCACUUGGAGAAAGUCCCGAUGCUCAUCGACCUCCUUCUCGCACAUGCAGGCAUCUUCUAUGAAGGGACGGGAAGUUUGAGGAAGCUGUACGAAGAAGACUGGGUUGAGAAGACGAGAAGAAAGUUUGUACAGUUCUGGUAUGACACUAUCAGUGACAAAGAAGUCAGGGAGGUCAUCGGCCCAGGAUCAAAGAAACCCGAAGAUAAGCGACAAUACAAAGAUGUAGAGCUGUUUGCAGUUAGAAAGAUGGGUCUUUCUGAUGUAGAAGGCCAAAGGAUACUACAGAUUGCAAUCAUCUUCAGAAACUUGUCAUUUGAAAGCCAUCACAUAAGCACCAUGGCUAGUCAUCGGACACUGUACAGAUUUUUAUUACUCCUGGCACAUAACUCCUGCACAAUGCUACAACAACUGGGCAUGGACACACUCACUAAUAUAUGCAAUCAAGUUGUCCUAGAUUCCAUAGAUUAUGUCAGUACACAACUCAUGCUGCAUACGAUCCAUAAAGGUCUACUUUCACAAUCCGACAAGUUCGUCACCCUAAGAUCAAUGGAGCUUAUAGAGAAGCUGAUGAUGGUCGACAACAACCUUGAUCUGUUUCAACGGUGCAUGGAGCCAACCAUCUACGUCAAGAUUGUCAACCUCCUCACCAUACACGACAUACAGCUGCUGCUGGGGGCGCUAGAGGUCAUGUUGGUCAUGUCGGAGAGGGAGGAGCCCUUCUGCACGCGCCUAUCGAGCGUCCACCAUAGCAUAGAUGUACUGGUAUGCCUGAUAACAUUGGAUGCCCAGUCAUUAGGUGCUGAUGCCUUCCUAGGGAUCAAGAUCGUUGAUCACGUACCAGAUGGUAUCCACCAUCCCAUCGUCACUAUGGGUAAACCAGGGGCGACGCCCAACAACCCCCCUCAACCUCCUGCCAAGCUCCAGACUCCACCAGCUGCCCAACUACCAAGACCUCCUCUAGUGCCGUCAAACUCUUCAGCUUCGCCCACCCCACCCCCACCAGCCCAGGGAGGCCAACCAAUAAAGGAUGCUGAUAUGGAAAGUUUAGCCUGUCAGUGGUUGGGCGCACAUUAUGACUUAGACCCUGGGGCAUCAAUCACCAACAUAGAUCUCUACGCAGAGUACCUCUCAGCCUGUGGCAAGAUCAUGGGCCGGAACAUCCUCAACUCAAACGACUUCAUGCGAUGCGUCAAGAUUGUCUUUCCUGCAGUGGAAGGCAAGAAAACAGAUAGUGAGGCGGGUCCUCAGUUCCUGAUUGCUGGCAUCAAAAGAAGGCGUGUCCCGUUACCAUGGAAAUGGCAACCAAGCCAGAGUGCCCCCUCCCCUGGUGGUAAUAUGACGGCUUCAGCCAUGAUUGCCAGGAUGGCUCAAAGACACUCUCCAUCUCCUACAGUAUCACCAAGCCCUCCUCCUCCCAAGGGUGGCACCUUUCAUCAAGGUAUUCCUCCGGGUGUUCCCCCUGGCAUUCCCCAAAGACAGCUUGUUGCACCGCCUUCUGGACUCCCUUCUGUUCAGCUGCCCGGUCAGGUCCAUGGACAAAUACCAGGACACAUCCACGCACCAGUGAUGCAGUCUCAUCCUCCAAACGGGCAAGGACCAACACCUGGACAGAUUCUUGGCCAAACUGGACAGCUGCCUUCUCAGAUACAGAUUCAUACAUCAAUGGGUGGUCAAGUGAGCCAAGGGGGGCCAGUGAUGACUCCUAGAGCGGUUGUGCCCAGCACGCUGGCACCAGCCAUGCAACCGCAAGUUGUGCCACAACCACAAGUAAUGCAGCCUCAGAUGGGACAGGUUCCUCAAGGAACUGUUGCAGGGUCUCUUCCGGGAUCCGUUGCUGGGACUCUUCCUGGAGUUUUGCCUGGAACUGUGCCAAGUAUAGGACAAAAUCCUCAACAGGGAAGCUAUACAGUGGGUGGGAAUCAGAUACAGCGACCUGAAGUAAUGCAGCAGCAGUUACCGCAGGGAACUCCACUGCAACAACCAGUACCACAAUCAUCUCAGGGAGAAAAUGUCAGUGUUGCAGAUAUCGUUGCAGGAAACAUGAGAGUUCCUCAGCAACAGUUGAACUUUGGCUUGCAACAAACCAAUGGCAAGCCUGUUAAUGGACAAAUGGGCCCAGCUCAAUCAGUAAAUGGACCUCAGAAUUAUGUUGGAACACCCACAGCAGUGUCAUCAAAUCCUUCUACUGUGCCCAGUGGUAUUGUAUCGCAAGCUGAAAUUACUAUGCCUCCACAAACAAACAUGAGUGUUCCAUCGCCUGCUCAUCUGCAGGAGCAGAGUGAAGGAAUAUCUGUUCCGACAGGAAACGGACAACACCAUAUUCAAUCUGAUACAAAUUCAGAGUCAAGCAUUGAAUUGAACUCUAAAAGCAGGAGCCGAAACGGUAGUGGGAAAUCGGCGAAGAAAUCCCCAUCAAGACAAUCAAGUAAGAGUCCAAGCAGAGGAUCUGGAGGAGUGGAGAAAUCUCCUAAUCCUUCUGCUGAGGAUGCAACCACUGAGAAGUGCAAACCCCCUCUCAAAGUUCCACUGCCAGAUGGUGAGGUUAGAAUAGAAAAGAUUCCUAAUAUGCAUGCUGUCGGGGUGGAGGAUGAUGAUGAGGAUGCUGAGGACAGGACAGAUCUCGCAGAAGGUAUCGUUCGCCAGAUUGCAGGCUCCCCCGUCCUCAACCAAAGUUCCUGCAGCAUUCCAAUGGAAGAAAAUGAGAGCAUGAUGUCUGAGACAGAUACUGUAGAGGAUGAGAGAUCUCAGACACCGAAGAUGAACGGGGAGACGUCAACACCUGAUCUGCCUCAACCUCAGCAGAUGCAAGGUUUGGUUUCAACUGUCCCAGAAUCUGUCGGUAAUAAUCAAGCAGGUGUCUUUAGCCAACCACAACAGCAGACAAAGGCACAGGUUACCCAACAAUUCCAAUUGGCCAAUAGCAAUAAACAACCAGCAACUAGUGGAAUGGCAACACAAGCUCAACCACAGCAACAGUAUGUUAUUCAACAGCAGAUUCCCACACAGGCUGUAGUCUCCAGAGGUGUUGUCAAUGUUCAGAUGCAUGGUAACCAGGCAGUUCUGCAGACUCAGGCUGGAAAUAUGGUUCAGAGUCAUCCAGUGAGCAUGUCAACAGGAACCGUGGUUGGAAACUCGCAGGGUACAGUCAUUCAGACCCAAGGGGGCAGCUAUGUUCAAGUUCAACCACAGAUUCAAAUGCAAGGCCAUCAAACAGUCAUUCAUAACCAGACAAACUUCCAAGGACAGCAGUUCCAGACGCAAGUGCCUCUGCAAGUGACGUUAGUACAGCAGCCUCCAGGACAAAGUCAGGGUCAGCAGCAAGUCCAGCAGCAGCAGGUCAGUGUGGUAACAGGUGUCCAACAUCUACAACCUGGCCAGACAAUGAUCAUGACCAACACCAACAGUAAACAACAAGGAAACUUUGCCCAGGCUACCAUUCUCUCCCAGACUCCUGGACAGCUUGUGGUGCAGAAUGUAAGUGCUCCUCCUAGAACUGGCCCAAAGCCGAUUCUACCACAGCCGCCACCUGUUUCUACUAUGGCUCAGGCACCAAGAGCUAUUUACCCACAACCUGCACAUUUUCAUGGAACUCAGAAUAUCCAGAUCGCACAACCCAUUCAGUCUCACCAGGUCCAUGCAACGAGUGUCGCUCAGGUUCAAGGGAAUGCUCAAAAUGUGCAGAUAGCACGCUUUCCAGGUAUGCAGAGAUUACAAGGCCCCCUGAGCCCUACAAACAGAGAUUCUCCUCUCAUUAAACGGUUGCUUCAGCAAGGACCAGCUCUUCAGGCCACCGGUGGACAGCAGCAGCUACAAGUGAUACAGCCUCAGCAGGGACAGAUAGUGCUAAAUGCCAUUGGACAAUCACAAGGUGCUCCUAUGACUGUUCAAACUCAAGGUCAGACCAUGCCUUUGUCCCAUGUCCAAGUGGUCACCCAGUUCCCUCAAGGAAUGACUGUCCAGUCAUCUCCAACCAUUGGAAACAUUCCGCAGAUCCAGCUUCAUCACCAACCCAUCCUGCCGGCCCCACCAGGUACCACAAGCCCCAAUGUCAACAUGAAGGAUACAAAGUCCAAGAAAAACAAAUCAAAGCAUAAAAAGAAAGACAAAGACAAGGACAAGGAACGCGAGAAGAACAAAAACGGAAGUGUGAAGAAUGAUCAGAACAAAGUCCCUGAAAGCCAAGUGGCUGCAAACGGUGAGAAGGACAGUGGUAAAGGUGGGUAUUCAAUCAAUGUGAUAUCGGAGGAGGGUGAUAAGAAAGUUGUAGGGGUUGUUUGCAAUGGCUUGCCUGUACCUGUAGGCACAAGGACGGAUUCCGGUGAAUGCAAUAACUCUGUAGAUUCUCCGAAUCAAGACACCCCGACUAAACAAGGACUGCCUAAUGGUUAUAUGAAUGAUAAACUUCAUAGUGGGAUCAAACUAGCCAAGGAUGGCAUCGCUUCCAAAGACAUUGAAUCUCUCUUGAAGAAAACUCCUCAAACAAUUGGCGAUAAAGUAGACAGUGUGGUGGAACAAAUGAAAAGGGACAUGUCUUCUUCAGCGGAAAAUGGCAUCCUCGCGGAUAAGUUGGGAAAACCAGUUUUAAAUCAUGUGUUAAAUGGUGAUAUGGGAUCACACGCAGAACCCUCUUUGCUCAAAGACAAUUAUGAUAGUAAUAAAACUGUGAGUGACAGACUCGAUAAGCUCCUACAUGGAGCAGUACCAAACCUUAGCCAACCUAACAUUCCAAAUGCCAGUACUCCUAACCCCAAGUCUCUGGUGGCCUUCUGCCACGAGAUCCGCCCCAGCUUUCCCAGUACCGUGCCUUCCGUCACUGUCGGUGCAGUGGCCAAUGCUAAUAACAACAACCAGCAAACUUCAUGUCAGUCAGUGCCUCUCUCCACCUCGCUGUCUGGUGACACCCAGACAAGUUCCGCUGCCUCAAACAGGACUCAAAGCUCAGUCGACCCGACGAGCAGUUCCGAGGCAAGGGUGACCACUUCUUCCUCACAAGUGGCGACGUCUGCCCCUCUAGCUUCAUCUACCUCAACGCAAUCUUCCUUGCCUCUGCCGGCGCAGCAGCCACCUUCUCCGUUAACCGUGCAAGUAUCUAGCCCUUCCACUGCCUCCCCAUGCUUCAAGCGACCCAUCGAUGACGUUCUGUCAUCACCAGACCCCAAGCAAUCAACAAACCCAGCACCCUCACCGACAACUCCAGCUCCUACGCCGCCUUCACCAUCAACACCCCGGUCUGGUAAGAAGAGGAGGCGGCAUUCGUCGUCGUCAUCUACGUCAAGUUCAAGUCGGAAGUCUGGUAGUGUUAGCGGGAAAUCAGCACCUGUGGUUCAAAAGUACAUCUGUGAAUGGAAAGGUUGUUGCAGGAAGCUUGUGUCUGCCAAGGCUCUUCACACUCAUACGUGUCUGGCCCAUGUCCUGACAAUCAAUUACAGGGGUAUCUGUGAAUGGGAUGGAUGCGAUCGUAUUCAGAGGCAACGUUGGUCUGUUGUUAGCCACAUUAUGGAGAAGCACUGUUCUGAGCAGGCCAUCCAAGCAUCAAUGGACAAGCGAGCUCAGCGUGCCGCCCAGCCCACUCCUCCGCCUUCACAAGACUCCUCCCCUCAACCUCCUCCAAUCAUCUACAACGCACACACUGCAUACCAUGCAAUACGAAGAAGCCUCAAUACACCUUCACUCAAUGAGUUCUUGGGUGAAAAUGAAGGCCCUGUCACAAAGAGUAUACGACUGACGGCAGCUCUUAUCUUGAAGAACAUUGCAUCGCAUUCAGCCUUAGGAAGAAGGGAGAUCCGAAAACAUGAGCUCCUUCUGGCUCGCCUGGCUAUCAGCAACACGGAAUCAUCCACAACGUUGGCCAAGUGCUUGAACAAACUGGUUAUGGACUCAUGACACCAGCUGAGCUUCCAGGAAGGUGAAGAACAUUGAGACAGUGUGGCUAUGUGAGCAAACAAGCAACUCAAGUAUUCUUGAUACUGCAGAAGGUGUUGUAGAUCAACUGCUUGAAGAAUAAGUGACAACUUGUGAGGUGGCUGAUAUCUGUUGGGAGGCCACCUGGGCACAACUAGUCUAGAAUCCUUGAUGCUGUAGAAGGUCUUUGUAGAUCAACUGCUUGCUUAAUGAGUGGCAACUUCUGGGGUUCCCUUCUGAGUACAACUGCCCUAGGAUCUUUGAUACUGGAGAAGCAGAUUAAUCAUAAGAAGAAUGGUUGACAACUUCUGAAGUGGCCAAGGAAUGCUCAGGGGCUGUCUGGCACAACUACUUCAGAAGUGUUGAUAGUGUGAAGUUCCUGAAAUCCAUUGCUUGAAGAAUAAGUGACAGCCUCUGAGGUGGCUGAAAUUUUUUUUCGAGGCCACUUGAUCACAACUACUCAGAAAUCCUUGAUGCUGCUAACUUUCCUGAAGAACAAUUGCUUGAAGAAUGAGUGACGACUUAUUACGUGGCAAGAAUACACUUAGAGACCAUCUGGGUGCAGCUACUCUAAAAUCUGUGAUACUGUAGUUCUUGUAGAUCUGCUGCUUGAAAUAGAAUUUAAAGUGGUGAUGACCCGAGUUGGCAAAGGUCACACUGGGAGGCUAUUCAGGUCCAACAACUUCAAAAUCCUUGACCCUGAAAGGUUCUUGCACAUGUAAUUCAGUUGAUUCCAGAAUAAGUAUUUACUGAUACUUACAUAGCGAGACAGCACAAUAGGAAACUUUUUCUGUAUAACACUCCAGAAUUAAGGAUGCUUCUGAAGUUUUGUACAUCAAUUGCUCCUAGCAGAUAAAAGAUUGGGGUUAUUGGGGUUAAAAAAAAAUAUUUUCUUAAUACUCAAGAAGAUUCCUCACCUCGGUAUCUUGAAGAAGCUUUUUUGGUCAUGGAUUUAUGUAGGCUGCUAGGAUGUACAGUCAGCCAGAAUGGUCACAUAAAAUAACUCAAGAAUUCUUGCAAAAGCAUAGGGCAAAAGAAGAUAUUGAUGAGCACUUGUUUUUCGAUUGCCUGAAGCAAUGGGUUUCGGAGUGGGGACGGCACAACAGAUAUAACGACAAAUAAUCUUGAAAUCUUGAGAAUAGACCCUCUUGUCAACAUUGAUUUCAAAACUUCAAACCAACCAUUGCCAAAAGUAUUUUGGUAGGAUGCCAUACACCUAUCAUAACCCUUUAUCAUAAAGUUUUGCAAUAAAUCGUGGGGCUAAUUUAUGUGAUUGAUCAUGCACAAUAAUCAAUGCAAUUGAUCAUAGAAAUCUGGUGGGUGUUCAUGUAAGUUGUCGGCACUGACUAAAUUGUCAGUGCUGCCUAUUUCAGUGAAAUCCUCGCUUUUCAUUGGCUGAGAAGCUCUGGCCUCUGACUGUUGCUAUGGUAACUGUCGGAGGAAGACAUCCCGUCAGCGCUGACAACUUCCAUGAAACAGUCCCCUGCUUUACGAUCAAUCGCCAAGCUUUAUGUUACGGGGCACAGGCUAUUCCUUCCUUUCAGCAAUAAUUUCUAAAGACAGAGUUAACCCAGGAAAAAACAUCCUGUCUCAGUCUCCAAAUUUCUUCCAUUCACACUUAUUUCUUGAUAAUAAAUUGUUUUCUACAUAUCUUUAAAUGGUAAAUUGAGUUCUGGCAAUGUCUUCUUAACAGAUGAAACUGUCUGAACCCAUGUGUGGAUGGCAAAGGAGUAAUGAUAAGUGAUAGCGCACAAGUACUUACCAUGACUUUUAUUCUAGACUAAGAAUUUCAUAGGUAUAGCCACUCAAGUCUGAUUUGAGAACAUGAUUGCAGUUAAAAUGAAAUUCAUGUUAACUUUGUUUGGAGCAAUCAAUUUCAUAACACUCAUCAUUCGGAAUUGGGUGAAGUUUUUGACAAAUCUGUCCUCUACCAUACUAUUAAUCCAUUCAGUAGCAUAUAACAGUUAGAAGUAACUCUAUGCCAAGAAGUUUAAAGCGUGAUCAUGAUGCCCAGUCUAUGUGUAUGAUGUCACGUUCACCAAGAGAACAACCGGCAUCUGAUGAUCAUGUGCGGGUUGUUUCCACAAAUACACAGAAUAUGAAUGUUUAAAAACAUGCACGGUACUUACCAGUUUCUCCCCGAAAAUAUCCAGUGAGAAAAUACCGUAAUUAGAGAUGCAUUGACUUGUUCAAUAGACUUAUGAUUUUAAUGAUCGUAGCAUGGAUGGCCAUGUGACGGUUACAAUUCCUGAAUCUAAAAUGAAAUGCUUCUUUCCUAUAGUAUGCUGAGAGCAAAAAGGAUGUAAUAAACCUCUUUUCUCGGAGCUACUACCUUUCAGCUCUAAGUAGUUGAUCUUCAAGAUGAUCUUUAAGUUGUUCUUCACUGUACCUUGGUAUACCAAGUUUCUUCUAAUGUCUUUCGGUAGUUUAGGGGAGCAAUGACUGUAAAUUACCAAUGUACAAAAUCAUCUCUUAAGUUAUGUGGAAUUACCACGAGCUGCAUAAAAUGUACAUAAUUUCUACCAUAGCACUAUCAGAAAGGACCAACAAAUUUUUUUAUUACAAAUGUUGUGAUGAGGUGUAAAAAAAAUGAAGUGUUAUUUAUGACAGAUGAAUGUGUAUCUUUGAUCAUUUCUUUGUUAUGUUUUUUUUGGUUUUUUUUUCCAUGAUUUAUUUGUGAGAAGGAAAAGGGCAAUUCCAUAAAGUAUGCACAUGUAUGCUAGACUCCCUUAUAUGUUGGUAGGAUCUACCUGAAAUGAUAUGCUUCUAGUUCGAAGACAAAUGAAAUGUCGUAAUGCUCUCAAAAUGUAAGGGGUUGAGCAGUUUAUUAAGUACGUAAUAAAAAGAAAUGAUAAUAUAGGAUUUGUAUAGCGCACGUAUCCACCUUGUUAGGUGCUCAAGGCGCUCCUGUAUUACCUCGGUUAAGCUAGUCUACUGAUUCCAGUGCUCACAACGUUUUGAGGAAUUACUUCCUGCUGGUACCCAUUUACCUCACCUGGGGUUGAGUGCCGCACAAUGUGGUUAAUUUCUUGCUGAAGGAAAACACGCCAUGGCUGGGAAUCCAACCCACGCCUCUUAAGAUUGAAAGACGAGUCUUAACCAAUAGACUAUGGUGUAAGUUAUAUUUGGGGUUGGGACUUACCAAACAGUUGAAUAUUUUAUGGAAUCGCCCGUAAGAGGGUUUCAAUGUAGAUCAUAUGUGUGCCAUUAUGUCAACAAAUAUGUCAAGUUAUAAUUAUUUUGUUGGAUUUUGUAAGAAUUUCCUAGUUGAUUUUUGUAUGGUUUUCUAAUGUCUUUGUCUUAAAUGUCAUUGCGUUUUUGUUUCAUUCUUAAAUUGAGAUUAUUUGAUGAGUAAUGUCAUGGCUGCGUUUAUGCUUAUGUUUUUAACGUAGAAUGAGCAUUUUGAAACUUGCACUGUAGCUAUUUAAAGCAAGCUCUUCGACCCAAUUUUAGGGGGCUCGGGAGAAACAAGUUCUAAAAACAUGCAUUGCGUGUGCUAUAUAGGUUUCAACCUAGAUAGCACUUGUUUGUGACAGCAAUUACGAUGCGUUUUCACCUUUCACAAUUUUCCAUAAAUGUGAAAUUGAGAAAGAAUGCUUUUAAGAAACACAUUUUGAAACGCUCAUUCUAGCCAAGAACAAUUAAGUAUAAAUGCACCCAAGAUACAUUUGGUGUGUGAAAGAAAUUCAGAUAAGUGUAAUUAAUGUAAAAAAUAAUUAUUUAUUUACCCCCACCCCCUCCCCACCCAAAUGAAUAGACCAUAUACUAUAAACAUUAUGUUCCCCAAAUGUAAGAUUUCUUAAUGUUACCCUCCUACCACCUAGUUUUUACAAUGACAGUACAGUACACUGAAUCGCAACAAUAAAUCAGUGGAACAUAGAGAAUAUUCCAGAUGAUGAAUUAUAGUAUUGCUGGCCUUCCAUAGUUAGGCUGGAAUCAAACUUAACUUAAACUAUGGAAAGCCAAUAAGCAAUUUGAAUCUACCCACUCCCUUUGAAAAUAGGUUCUGCAGGUGGAUUAUAACAAUUGAAAUUGAUUGUAAAGAAGUUGUAGACCGUCUUGAAAUUGAUUCAUAUCAUGUAGCAUUGAUUUUAGAUAUUAAUUGAUCAGCUACAUAGUGGAUCCCUGUCCAAAUUCAAUAAUUCAGUAAUCAACCUGUUAAAUAGAUAACAACCCCUCUCCUAACUCCCCCCCCCCCAACAAUCAAACACCUUGAGUUAUGAUGUAUAUUAAAAGUAUUGCAACCAAAUAUUACUGCCCUAUUACAGUUCAUUGACUUAGUUAAAGAAAUAUCUGGAUAUGUUUGAUACAAAAUAUCUUAACAUAUUCCUGUUUUGUCAGUAAAUCAUAUACCUAUUUAAGCCAUAAUUAUUGUUUCUUUUCCAUGAGUAAUAGUUUUGUAACAGUAGUGAAAAGGAGGCAUGCAUCUUUUGACAUGAGGGUGAUUUGUAUGGUAUUUAUUUUUGAAGAGCUGUUUGGGCAUUAGUACAUUCCAGUGUUGUACAGAGAAACAAAAGUGAUGUAUAUUUAUUUCCUCUAA